GGAGGUCCAAUUUGAUACUUGUAAUCAACACAGGAAAUUAAAGGAAGAAAGAAAGAAUGAAAUCUCAUUCUCGUUUUGCUUCUUCUUGUUCAUUAAUGCUAGUUUUAGGUUUAGCAUGUGGAUUACUGGUUGGAGGAUGGUUAGCAAAUGGGCAGCUGAGUCCAACAUUUUACGACGAAACUUGCCCAUAUGCUUCUUGCAUCAUACGUCAGGUCAUCAAGCAAUCCAUGCAAUCUGAUCCCAGGAUUGGCGCUAGCCUCAUCAGGCUUCAUUUUCAUGACUGCUUUGUUAAUGGAUGCGAUGGAUCAAUUCUGUUGGACGACAGUCCUAAUAUAGAAAGUGAAAAGGAAGCUGCUGCCAAUAAAAACUCUGCCAGAGGUUUUGAUGUUGUUGAUACUAUCAAGGGUAGGCUGGAGAGUAUCUGUCCUUCCACUGUUUCUUGUGCUGAUAUACUCACAAAUGCAGCUCAACAAUCUGUUUCUUUGGCAGGAGGUCCCUCGUGGAGUAAUCUACUAGGAAGAAGAGACAGCACAACAGCAAACAAAACUCUAGUUAAUAUUAACAUUCCAAGUCCCUUUGACACUCUUGGUGGUCUCAAAUCUAAGUUUACAAAUGUAGGCCUCAAUGGAAACACUGACCUGGUUGCUCUCUCUGGUGCUCACACUUUUGGAAGAGCUCAGUGUUUAACUUUCAAUGGUAGAUUAUACAACUUCAACAACACUGGUGUUCCAGACCCAACACUGAACACAACUUAUCUGCAAAGACUUCGCCAAAUAUGCCCACAAGGUGGAAAUGCAAGUGUCAUAGCCAAUCUUGAAUUGACAACACCUGAUGCAUUUGACAAUAACUAUUUCUCUAAUCUUCUAUCAAACCAAGGCCUCCUCCAGAGCGAUCAGGAACUAUUUUCAACUACUGGGGCUGAUACUGUCGCCAUUGUCAACCACUUCAGUGCUAAUCAGAGUGCUUUCUUUGAAAGCUUUGUGAAAUCCAUGAUCAGAAUGGGAAAUCUUAGUGUUUUAACAGGAACUCAUGGGGAGAUCAGGUUGAAUUGCAGAGAAGUUAAUGCGAAUUCAGCUACAGCAGAUAGUAUUCUUGUGAGCUUAAUAUGAUUUAAUGACUGUUAUAUAGAUAAUAAUUAAAAAUAUAUACAACUGGAACAGUACUC